AGGGAUCCAGGGUGUUAUGGGAACUGAGCAUUCAAAGAACGAGGGCCAAAGGAGCAUGGUUUUUCUGAGGAAAGGUCCAAAGUUGCCUGCAUGGGAAGAUGCUCUUCUCUCAGGGAAAGAGCCCAAGUCACUGCUGAAACGGGGAUUGCGUUAUGUCAGCUUGAGCCUCAUAAUGAAAGGGAUGACCAGCACGCCUGAAUUCUUGUGGGGACUCCCUGAGGUACAGAAACUGAACCUUUCACGUAACCAGCUGGUGGUGAUUCCUCCUUCACUGGGGAAACUGGACAGGCUUGUAGUGCUGAACUUGAGUGGCAACUGCCUCAAGUUUCUGCCUAAAGAGAUUGGGUUGCUGAGGAACCUGAAGGUCUUGUUCGUCAAUAUGAAUUGCCUGACAGAAGUGCCAGCAGAGCUCAGCUUGUGCAGAAAGCUGGAGGUUUUGAGCCUCUCACACAACUACAUCUCACAACUGCCUUUGAGCUUCACCGACCUGACAAGUUUGAGGAAACUGAACCUCAGUAACAACCGCUUUGUGCAAAUUCCGCUCUGCAUUUUUGCACUGAGAAGCUUAGACUUCUUGCACCUAGGGUCCAACAGGCUUGAAAACAUUGCAGAGAGUGUCCAGUAUCUGGUCAAUCUGCAAAUCUUUAUUGUAGAGAAUAACAACAUACGCACCCUUCCACGGUCUCUCUGCUUCAUCACUGCUCUGGAGUUACUAAAUGUUGAUUACAAUGCCAUACAAACUCUCCCGGAUGAGCUCUACCUGCUGCGCCGGCUGCCACGCAUCGCAUGGAACCCAAUGGACAAAGGCCUCCACAUCGCCCACAACCCCUUGUCCCGACCCCUGCCUGAGGUCGUUGAGGGGGGGCUGGAUGUCCUCUUCAACUACCUCAGGCAGAAAAAGGAGAACAACUGAGUUUCUGCUGAUCUUGGGAUUAAACCUGUCAUCAAGACUAAGUUAUAUCAGAGCGCUUUCCUGCACAGGCAUUUCCACUUCAUAAUGCUUGGAUUUCGAAGACUGUGGAACUUAGUCACGGUUGGAGGAAAGCAAGUAAAGUAUGAUGGUCUUGAUUAAGUGUGUGAAGAGUAAACUUUCUAAAAAUAGCCACCUCUGUAACCUUCAGUGUUAGUGGGCUUGGGAUUUAUUAGGAAAACACUCAACAAACUUGUGAUAAAAUGUUUGCUCUUCGUUUGACAGGAACGAAUAAGGCAGACUGCUAGAAGUGCAGAGACGUGUAUUUGCCAGCUAUUAGGUUAAAGGAAUAUUAAUAUGAAUUGCAUUACUAUAUGUGAUUGCAGUUGCACUUUAACUCCAGUUCACUUCUUCAUACACAGAUAAACCGCUACAUAAACAAACACUGCUAUCUAAGUGAAUCUCGAGAAAAAUUUUUAAUUUACUUUUGGCAGUGAAUAUAUCCUGAGCUAUAUUAGCUCACAGGCAGUAUAUUACCGGCCAGUUCAAUACCAUUUGUUUACCCCACAGCUGUGCACUGGCCUCUAUAAAUUACAGGUGAAGAUUGCUGUCAAUGAGGUGAUUUCCCAGUUCUUUGGAAGAAGACCCCAAAGUUCCCCAAAGCCUCCAGUUACCCUCCUGAGACACACAGCCUUUCCUGCAAAGCCUCCUAGGAUACCAACAGCAGUGCGACACAUCAGCCAGGAGCAGCAUCCACAGAAAGCAGAGAAACCUU